AUGGCUGCAAAGAAACACCAUCUUUUCACUCCAGAACCACAUCAUAUACCUGGAUAUGGAGGAUACUCCCAGACAUUCCCAUUCCGGUUUGGCAAGACCUAUGGAAGGACUACUCAUGAUAUCCUGAAGGAUCCCAAAAAGUCAAGAGCCGGCCAAUCGAUCCUGUGGCCAACGACACAACCUCCAGAACAGUGUUUUCCAGAAGAUGAGGAAUACUGUAUGCCUGAUGUGUCUGACCAGAUCCACCCACAGAAACUUGUUCCUGGUUAUACUGGCUACAUCCCUCAAAAGUUAUUCAAAUAUGGUGGGAGCUACUACAAGGAGACCCUGGAGUCAGGUCUGGACUUGCGACAACGCCAGAUGGAAUACAUACAGAAAAUGAAAGAGCCUGAGCUCAUCACUUAUGUGGAUGGGAGAAGAAAGCUGGUAUCCGUCAAUGAGAACAGGCCACUGAAACCUGUAGCUGCAAAUGUGGAUCCAAUAACCUGGACUCAUCUGUACAAGGACAAGCACCUUUUUACCACCCAACCUCCUGAACUGCAGAGAAGAGGUAUCGCAGGUUACACUGGAUUUAUUCCACGUAUUGCCAACGAAUUUGCACAUCCUUACCAAGAACGGGCGAAGAGUGCCAUGGACAAGUUUCAGCGCAAACAGUACUUUGUGAGGAAUAAGCUAAGAGGUUACCGUGAAGAUGAUCCUCAACCUAAUAGUAAAAUUUACAUUAACAAACCGAUGGUUCCCAACUACGGAGGUCACCUGCCAGGUAUUUUGUUUAUGACUGUACGCGUGCUCUGCAAGCAGCCCAAAUAUUAUGCAGAUGUAUUCAUGGCUUCUUGA